UUUCCGGUUCGGGCACCGACCGAGCCGGGCUGAUGCGUCAUUUCCGUGGACCCACCCCCCUCAGGCGGCCACGUUUGUUAAGGGAAGUGGGACCAAAGGGGACUGACAACUUUGGGCUGAGCCAGGCUUUCAAAAGGACCCAGCGUUAUGGAGGCUCCGGCGGCGACUUCGCCCUCGAUCGGAUUUCCCAUCGACGGCAGAUGCAACUACUUCGUAGAAAAGAAGAAGCGCUUCUGCAGGAUGGUGGCGGCCGCGGGGAAAAGGUUCUGUGGCGAACACGCUGGCUCCGCCGAGGAAGAAAAUACUCGGAAAAGAAUCUUGUGUCCUUUAGAUCCAAAACACACAGUGUAUGAAGACCAACUAGCAAAACAUUUGAAAAAAUGUAAUUCAAGAGAGAAGCCUAAGCCUGAUUUCUUUAUUCAAGAUAUAAAUGCAGGAUUAAAGGAUGAAACAGAGAUUCCUGAGCAAUUAGUUCCAUUUUCUUCUCUAUCUGAAGAGCAGUUGGAGAACUUAAUUAAGAAAUUGAGAAAAGCAAGUGAAGGCUUGAAUUCUACACAUGAAGAUCACAUCAUGUCCCAUCCAGCAUUGCAUGAUGCCCUUAAUGACCCAAGGAAUGGCGAUUGUGCAGUCAAACACCUGAAACAGCAGGCUUCUAUUCUAGGCAACAUUGAAAAGUUAAAGUUACUUGGCCCAAGAAGAUGCUUUGUUGAGUUUGGAGCAGGAAAGGGGAAAUUAUCUCACUGGGUUGAUAUUGCCUUAAAAGAUGCUGAAAAUGUUCACUUCAUCCUGGUAGAAAGAGUGACCACAAGAUUCAAGGUAGAUGGUAAACACAGAAAAAAGGACUCAGUGUUUGAAAGGCUUCAAAUUGAUAUCCAGCACUUGUGUUUGAACAGGGUUCCUGUGCUAAGAGAAGGAAGACUGCCCGUGGUAGGAAUUGGGAAGCACCUGUGUGGGGUGGCGACAGACACUGAGCUUACUCAAUAAGAAUUCUGUGAUUCGUCACCACGCACAAAGCUCAAGACCAAGUGGAUCAAGGACCUCAACAUAAAACCAGACACACUGAAUCUAAUAGAAGAGAAAGUGGGAAAGAACCUUGAAUUCAUUGGCACAGGGGGAAAUUUUCUAAACAGAACUCCAAUGGCUCAGGCUCUAAGAUCAAGAAUUGAUAAAUGGGACUUCAUAAGGCAAAGGACAUAGUCAAUAAGACAAAUUGGCAACCUACAGAUUGGGAAAAAAACUUUACUAACCCCACAUCUGAUAGAGUGCUAAUAUCCAAAAUAUAUAAAGAACUCAAGAAGCUAAGCCCCCCCCAAAAGAAACCCCAAAAAACAAACCAAUCAAAAAAUGAGUAUAGAACUAAACUGAGAAUUCACAACAGAGGAAUCUUGAAUGGCUGAGAAACACCUAAAGAAAUGUUCAAAGUCCUUAGUGAUCAGAGAAAUGCAAAUCAAAAUGACCCUGAGAUUCCACCAAUCAGAAUGGCUAAAAUCAAAACCUCAGAAGACAACAUAUGUUGGAGAGGAUAUGGAGAAAGAGGAACACUCCUCCAUUGCUGGUGAGAUUGCAAACUGGUACAUCCACUCUGGAAAUCAAUCUGGAGGUUCCUCAGAAAAUUGGAAGUAGAUCUACCUGAAGAUUCAGCAAUACCACUCUUGGAAAUAUACCCAAAAGAUGCCCCACCAUGCCACAGGAGCACGUGUACCACUGUGUUCACAGCAGGCUUGUUUGUGAUAGCCAGAAGCUGGAAACAACCCAGAUGCCCCAUGACAGAAGAAUGGAUACAGAAAAUGUGGUUCAUUUACACAAUCGAGUACUACUCAGCUAUUAGGAAUAAGGACAUCCUGAGUUUUGCAGGCAAAUGGAUGGAACUAGAAAAUAUCAUCCUGAGUGAGGUAACUCAGACCCAGAAGGACAUGCAUAGUAUGUACUCACUAAUAUGUGGAUAUUAGCCAAAAAACAAAAAAACAAAAAACAAAAAAAUGCAGAAUACCCAAGAUACAGUCAAAAAGAUCAACAAGCUGAAGGGCCCAAGUGAGGCUGCCUCAGUCCCACUUGGGAGGGAGGGACCCAGCAGGGAAAGGGGAUUUGGGGAGGGAGUGGGGAACAUGAUCUGGCAUUGGGUAAGGGAAAAGGACUGAAGCCCUGAGGGCCAGCAGAAAGAAUGGAAACAGGCAACCUCAGAGGUAGGAGGUUGGGUGACCCUCCAGAAGGCACCAGAGACCUGGGAGGUGAGAGACUCUCAGGACUCAAAGGGAGAGACCUUAGAUGAAAUGCCCUAUAUUGGGGAGAACUAUUACUGAGGCUAUGGAGCCCUCACAAACAGGGACCUACCAUGACUCCCUCCAAAAGACCCAACAAGCAGCUGAAGGAGUCAGAUGCAGAUAUUUGCACCCAGCCAAUGAACAGAAGCUGCUGACCCCAGUGGUUGAAUUAGGGGAAAGCUGGAAGAAGCUGAAGAGAAGGGCAACCCUGUAGGAAGACCAGCAGUCUCAACCUAGACCCCCAAGAUCUCUCAGACACUGGACCACCAACCAGGCAGCUGAUAUGAGGCCCUGACACAUAUAGAGCAGAAGACUGCCGGGUCUGGGUUCAGUCAGGGAAGAUGCACCUAACCCUCAAGAGACUGGAGGCCCCAGGGAGUGGGGAGGUCUGGCUGGGUGGGGGUGGAGGGAGUGGGACAUCCUCAUGGAGACAUCCUCCUAGGGGAGGAGGUAUAGGAUGUCGAACAGUCGGAGGGUGUUUGUUCCCAGGAGGGGAAUAAAAUCUGGAGAAAGAAAGAAAGGAAGGAAGGAAGAAAGAAAGAAAGAAAGAAAGAAAGAAAGAAAGAAAGAAAGAAAGAAAGAAAGAAAGAAAGAAAGAAAGGAAGGAAGGAAGGAAGAAAAGGAGGGGGAGGAAGGGAGGAAGAGAGAAAGAAAAAGAAAGAGAUAGAAAAGAAAAGAAAAAAGGAAAGAAAAGAAAAGAAGAGAAAAGAAAAGAAAAGAGAAAGAAUUCUGCAUUUAAGGGCAGUAGCUGACUUCAAGCUCUGUACCACAUAGCACUGCGCUCAACCUAUGAGUAAGUACAUGCUGCUAUGGCAAUGCUUUCUGUCGCUCUGCUUCUCAGGGCCAGUGCCUGUCCUGAAUCAGAUAUCUGUCAUUACUAUGAACACUCUUAUAUCUUGUUUCUAUGUGGAUAUAUUUGCAUUUCUUUUUUUUGUUGUUGGUUUGUUUUAUUUUGUUUUGUUUUUUUCAAGACAGGGUUUCUCUGUGUAACCCUGGCUGUCCUGGAACUCAAUCUGUAGACCAGGCUGGCCUCAAACUCAGAAAUUCACCUGCCUCUGCCUCCCAAGUGCUGGGAAUAAAGGUGUGAGCCACCACUGCCCGGCUUACUUUUCUUUUACUUGUUAUUUCCUCUUACUGGUUUUUGUCUCGUUUUUAGAAUGUUUGUUGAGAGAGUAUCCCUAUGUAGCUCUGGCUAGUCAGGAACUGGUAGCCUCAAACUCAACUGCCUCUACCUCCUGAGUACUUCAUAAAGGUCUGCACCACCAUGCCCAGAUCAAUUUUAAAAUGUAUUCAUAGUAAUGCUCAUAGCUCCAGUUUUUAAAUCUAAAAUACUUCUGUUCCCCACUUUUAUGUGAAAAAACUAACUAUGUAAAUGGUUCACUGUGACACUUAAAUAAUCAUGUUAAUGAAUAAUUAUGACAGCCACCACACAAAGGCAGUGCCAUUAUUUCUGUUUCAUGAAUAAAAUGACUCAAAAAGGGUCAUGUAAGUAGAUGAACUCAAGAUUUUUUUAAAAGAUGUAUUUAUUUUAUGUAUAUGAGUACAAUGUCGCUGUCUUCAGACACACCAGAAGAAGGUAUCAGAUCCUAUUACAGAUUGCUGGGACUUGAACUCAGGACCUCUGGAAGAGCAGUAAGUGCUCUUAACGGCUGAGCCAUCUCAUCAGCCCCAGCCAGUGCUCUUAAGCACUGAGUCACCUCUCCAGCCCUGAACUCAAGUUUUUAUAGACCUAAAGUCACAAAAUUCCUUCCCUCUUUAUCUUACUGAACAUUUUAAGAUAUAACUUAAUUAACUUUGGUGGCCAACAUUCUGUAUUUUGAAUUCCUUCUGUCCCAUCUUCACCGAGUACACAAAUACAGAGUUUUUUAGUUAUUGCAAAAAGGCAGGAUGAGGAGACGGCUUUGGGGGUAAACAGUUCACCAUGCAUUCAUGAGGGCCCGAGUUUGCAUUCUCAAUACUUAAGUAAAGAGCUGGAUGUGAGAGCAUUCCUGAAACCCCCGUGCUGGCAAGCAGGAACAGAGGCCAGCAGCUUGUGAUUGGGGAAAACACCUGAGCACAUCUGGCCUAUAUGUAUGUACGUACGUGUACACACACACACACACACACACACACACACACACACACACACACAAAGCAGCGUGACUCGAUUUAGUAGGUCAUGCUGUUUCUCCAGCUUCUACAUUCAAGGCAAGAAUAAAAAUGAAUUCUUGAAAACUGUUUCAGAUUUUUCCAAUUGUCAAAUGAUUCAAUGUGAAGUAUAAAAAAGUGUUUAUGUUAUGAAGUAGGUAAAAUUUAAUGUCUGGCAGAGAAGUCUCCAGUUGCUGGCCCCUCAGUAGUACUAGAAUCCCUUUUUAUUGUUCUGUUUUCUUGAGACAGGGUCUCACUUUGUAGCAUUACCUAUCCUGUAAUUUGUUAUGUAGACCAGGCUAGCCAGGAAAAAGAGAUCUACCUGCCUCCACCUUCCAAGUGCUGGGAUUUAAAGCCAUGACAUCUAUCUAGAAUAUUUUUAUUGUAGAAGAUUGAAAAGAUUAUAAACCUAACAGCAUUAUAUGUGAAGACAGAAAUACAAUAUAAAAGGAUGUGCCCAAGACCACAUACAUAGCUACUUAGAGGACACACUGUGACAUUUAACUGGUCCUGGGCUCAAGAUCUCAGAAUAGUCUUUCUUCUAGUUCAGCAGCAGUUUCUUCUGAUAUUGAAACAUUCAUCCUACAGCGAAGUUUCUUAAACAAGAAGAUGAACAAUUUAAUUUAAAUUAGCUCCAGGAAGUACCUGAAACUGACCAGAUUCACUAGACCCCUCCAGCCCAAGAGUAAUCAAUAAAGAUGGCCGAGCAUCUUCUCAGACAAGCCAAGAAUUGUUGCGGGAUUAAAAUCAAGGAAGACUGAGACCAGACCAGCAGCCUGGAAGAGGUUUACACCAGCUUUGUCACUUGGAAAGGACACUCUCCAACUUGUUGAGCUGCCUGCAGGUUGUGCAGCAUGCUCCAGGUUCCCAGCUAUGUGAGCUGUCACCUGUGCAGGGGUGGGCUUUGGUAAUGCAGCUGUCUGCGAGUUAUUUCUGCUCCUAUAAGUAACCUCUCGUCUAUGUAUUCACAUAAGGGACCCUGGUGAGACUCAUGGUUCACCAAGUUGGACUUCGGUGGUACCUGUCUUUUGGUCUGUUGUGGGCUCCCUCUCUGAGAGUAGACGUGUGUUGCAUAUCCCCAGGAAACAUCUUGUCACACAACAUUAAGAAUCUAAGAUGAAGAGACUGGUUGAUAACAUGUCCAAGUUAUCAUAGCUUGUUAGUGACAGAGCCUAUUCCAGGAAACAAAAUCACAAGUUCUACAAACCAUCCGUACUGUCCUUCCUACAUAUAUAAAUUGUCCCUGCCGCCAUUUUUCUAAUGUUUUCAUUAAAUAAAGCCAACAUAUGAUGAAA